AGUCAAUGUCUGUAUAAAUCUUGCCGCUGUAUGUCACGGGGGAUGCUAUGCAGCCUGGGGCACGGCGCGGCGUAACAAGGAAACAGUGCUCAUUCGGAAGCGCGUGACGUGUGACGGGAAACGUAAUAUAAAUUGUAUAUAUGAUGAAGAUAUAUAUCUAUAUCAACGCGGCAAGGAACGCUGUCACGGAUGUGACGUCUGGACAUUUUCAUCGAAGAUGAAUAAGGAAAAAGGAUGUGAACACGGAUGUGAACAGGGAGAUUUCAUUGAGAUUGCUACCUGACGGUUGCGUUUCUGCGAUUUCUCCAGUUGCAUUGAACACUCACUUCAAGAACAGCGGAGGGAUUAACCAGUUGAACCCAAGAAUAACGCAUGUUUCUGUGCAUGUAAGCGUGGUGUAGAAGCUCAUCCGUACAAGAUAAGUGAUAAUUUAACUUGAUGGACGACAACACACAUAUCGCAGUUGCACCAGGGUCUCCUGUGACUGACAACUUUGAGCCAUGUAUGUGCGGCAUGUUGACGAGGAAAAUUAGCAUCUUCAUUUGCUGGAUCAGAUAGACGUUCACCUUCAGCGUAUACACCAACACCAAACAUGAAGGAUCAUUACAGUUUCUGCCUCCAGCGUGUAGCCUCGCUGAUGGGCGACACCACUGUAAAUACAAAGGCUUCUUCACUGAUUCAACGCGUGUGCCUCAACGUCACCCAUAUUUUGAACGUCACACAACGUUACAGUCUGAUGGACCUUGAACAAGAGGCCCCUGUGGAUCUAGCCGUGCCCCUCAUGGGCUACGCUGCCCCUGUGGUCGUCUUCCUGACGCUGGUGUUGAAUGCUGUCGUUGUCGUCGUUCUCACUCGGCGGCGACUCAGGUCGCCCACAAACGUCAUACUCGUCUCCAUCGCAGCCUGUGAUACAUUCACAGCAUUGUUCUCAUUACCUGGAUAUAUGUAUACGUACACUUACGAAGGUUACCGGAAUUACCCGAGUAUGGGAUGGUGUUAUGUGUUGACCUACCUAUGCCGGUUUACCCCACAAGUUCUCCACACAGUGUCACUGUGGUUGACAGCAUUACUUGCGUUUCAACGUUACGUAGGUGUCGCUCAAAUGGUGUGCAGAACUUGGAUCAGUCGCUACAAAGGUGUGGCUUUGUCGAUCGUGUUUUUAGGCAUAUUUUCGUUCAUAUCUCACUGUUUUCAGCUCUUUCUUGUCUUAAAACCUGUGACUGUAAUCGGAAAAGAAUUAUUCACUCCGACAGGUAUUCAGAUCUCGAACACUUGUUACAGACAUUUAGCUGUUAUAGAGAAUGUGGACUAUUUCUCCUAUGUGUAUACGUGGGUGAGACUAACCCUUGCCCAGGUUCUACCCUGUUGCCUUCUGCUAGUGUUCAACCUCUGCCUCAUCAGGGCUACAUACAGAAGCUAUACAUAUAGGCGACGCCUGGUUGUUGGACACAAGCUUUCCGAAUCCUCGGACACGAAAAACACAAUCCGGAUCUCGUUAAUGUUGCUUCUCGUAACGUGCUGCACGUGCAUGUUUGAAAUGUUUGUUGACGUAAAUCUGGUUUUAAAUUUCGCCCAAAUUUAUUCAAAACGCUUUUUGGUUUCCGCGGACACAUUAGGCAGGCUUCUCCUUGUCAGUAAUUUUACAAUCAUCCUUUCGUUUCCUCUCAACUUCUUCUUUUACUUCGCGUUCAGCACCAACUUCCGGGUCAUGAUUUUGUCAUGUGUGAAACCGAGGCUCAAGCGGAAGAUCACACCUAACAGAGUAACACCAGGUGUCGACGGGCGGAGUACACAUCACUUCAGCCUGACUCAUUUUCAGAAGCAAAGACAUAGCAAUGGAUACAACGGUAGUGUUCUGUGAAUAUGAAAUUCGACAAAAAUAAAAUACGUUCCGGCGACAAUUUGAACAGUACAGAAAUGUGCAAGGAAGGUGAUUCAUGACUGGAUAAUCAUGUGCGUGCGCUCUGUAAUAAUCUGCGUUGUUGUGAGAACAAUUAAAGUUACAAACAUCAUCCCAAUGAUGUAUCAACUUAAGGAUUCCGGCCAUAAUGGGUCCCCGAAUCAUCAGUAUGGGGGGCUGGUGGCUACAAUGUUUGACUUGACCCCGCGUGGUUCGUUGUCCGUCAGUUCCGAUUACAGGCCGUUGUAUUUCCAAUGAAGGUCUAGAUGUUAUAAACAAUUUGUUCACUGUGACAUUGUGUAUGUGUAAUUAGGGCUAUCAUCAGCUGGUAGAGCAUUGUUCAUUAUACAAAUUUAGUUAUCAGGUCAAUAAUUAUAUUUUGAGAAUUGACUCCCUAUUUUGGCAAAUGCACUUUCAUCUGACCCAAGCCUCGCACCUUUUAACAUUACUAUCCCCCGCCACGAAGUGGGGCGGGGGAUAUAGGAACGGAGUUUGUCCGUCCGUCCGCCCGCUUCUCUAAGUGCACAAAUUUGCUCCAAAACUAUUUACGUCAGAGGAAUAAAACGGAUGUUACUGGUCAUAAUCUCAAAUAAGUUCGAAAAUUGGUGUCGUAAAUUCAUUUAUUACAGAGUUAUGGCCCUUGAUCCGUGCUUUUCAACUUGCAGUGCAUACUGCAUGAAAUGGGAACAAGUUUUCUCAGAAACCACUAAAGUUACAUGAAUGAGAGUUUGCAUGCUUAUCUAAGAGAUACUUGUCAAGACUGAGUUCCAAGAUUGGUCCCGUAAAUUAUGUUUUACAGCGUUACGGCCGUUGGCCCAUGCUAUUUUACUUAGUGCAUAGUUUCUGCAAAGGAGACAAGUCAUUUUACUAAGUGCAUAGUUUCUGCAAAGGAGACAAGUCAUUUUACUUAGUGCAUAGUUUCUGUAAAGGAGACAAGUCAUUUUACUUAGUGCAUAGUUUCUGCAAAGGAGACAAGUCAUUUUACUUAGUGCAUAGUUUCUGCAAAGGAGACAAGUCAUUUUACUUAGUGCAUAGUUUCUGUAAAGGAGACAAGUCAUUUUACUUAGUGCAUAGUUUCUGCAAAGGAGACAUGUCAUUUUACUUAGUGCAUAGUUUCUGCAAAGGAGAUAAGUUAUUUUACUCAGUGCAUAGUUUCUGCAAAGGAGACAAGUCAUUUUACUUAGUGCAUAGUUUCUGCAAAGGAGACAAGUCAUUUUACUUAGUGCAUAGUUUCUGCAAAGGAGACAAGUCAUUUUACUUAGUGCAUAGUUUCUGCAAAGGAGAUAAGUUAUUUUACUUAGUGCAUAGUUUCUGCAAAGGAGACAAGUCCUUUUACUUAGUGCAUAGUUUCUGCAAAGGAGACAAGUCAUUUUAUUUAGUGCAUAGUUUCUGCAAAGGAGACAAGUUAUUUUACUUGGUGCAGAGUUUCUGCAAAGGAGACAAGUCAUUUUACUUAGUGCAUAGUUUCUGCAAAGGAGACAAGUCAUUUUACUUAGAGCAUAGUUUCUGCAAAGGAGACAAGUCAUUUUACUUAGUGCAUAGUUUCUGCAAAGGAGACAAGUCAUUUUACUUAGUGCAUAGUUUCUGCAAAGGAGACAAGUUAUUUAACUUAGUGCAUAGUUUCUGCAAAGGAGACAAGUCAUUUUACUUAGUGCAUAGUUUCUGCAAAGGAGACAAGUCAUUUUACUUAGUGCAUAGUUUCUGCAAAGGAGACAAGUUAUUUUACUUAGUGCAUAGUUUCUGCAAAGGAGACAAGUCAUUUUACUUAGUGCAUAGUUUCUGGAAUGUGGUGACAUGUUUUCUCAGAAACUACUGAAGAUUAUCUAAGAGAUAUUUAUUAAGACAGUUAUUGUUUUGCAGAGGUGUGUAGUUAUGUCACAUUUAAUCAUUUUUUCUGAUGGCAUAAAGAGAUCCAAGUGCUUGUCUUUUCUAAAGGCUUUAUGAUACUUUUUUGUAUACUUUAUAUUCACUACUAUAUCAAUGAACAACAUUCUAAUGUGCCCCAUGGCGGGGAUAGUGAUUACGCUGUUUUCUUGUUGUUUCUUAAUGUCUUGGAUUCCCUAGGGCUAGAAUCUCAAGUAGUGCAUGAUGUCAUCAUUGGUUGUCAGUGGUCCAUUCAUAUCAUUUUCACAGCUAUUUUGCCCUUAACCCCAGACGGAAUAUCUUUCGGCGGACAAUCAAGACUGGUUAUUUUCUUGCAUUGACGUUUAAUAUUUAAACAAUAGUGACUCUGAAUUUACCUUUCAAAGAAAAUGCUGUGAACCGGUUGUGUGAUAUGUGCAUGUCUAAGUUAGCUGACAAAUCGUCAAUGAUGUUGUUGAUAAAAGAUGGUGUAAUUAUUGUUUUUAGAAUACCUAAGGAUAUCAGCCGCGUCGUGUUGGUUCAUUACAAUGUGUCCGUCGUGUUUGUCAGACUAUAACUGCCUUCUGGUACAGGCAGGUGUAAGUCAUAUAAUAUAUAUAAUCUUACACGCAGUUGAUAUGAUUUUAAUAAACUAUGUGGUUGUGUUUUUGCCUUGCCAUGUGAUUAUUAUUAUUGUUGAAUAAAAAUACAAGUUGAUUUAUUAGUCAGAUUGAGUUUUUAGAAGUGUGUAUAUAUCCUUGAAAGAUACGAGCUAUUACUGGCUCCCACCUCGCAUUACAACAGAGAAGACAGGGUGUUUAGAGGUGAUGGCAGAUGGUCGAGUCCAACUCUCAGCUGAGACAUGGUCGACAUAGUGUACCACUGAACCUGAACGGCAUUAAUCGAUGCUGCUGUUGUGUCUACAUCCUGGCAAAGUCCGCCUUUGUUGGCCGUUUGAGUUCAUAGUUAAUACGUAGACAUCCAAUCUAAUUGUGUGUCUUAACACCCAAACGACCUAUAUUUGUUUGUCAGUCCUUUGUACAUGUUACAUGGAGCCGUACUUGCGUCUCUUGACGCUCUGUGGACCUCCUUGAUACAUGUCAGUCCUUUGUAACAUGUUACAUGGAGCCGUACUUGCGUCUCUUGACGCUCUGUGGACACCCUUGAUGCAUGUCAGUCCAUUGUAACAUGUUACAUGGAGCCGUACGUGCGUCUAUUGACGCUCUGUGGACCUCCUUGAUGCAUGUCAGUCCAUUGUAACAUGUUACAUGGAGCCGUACUUGCGUCUCUUGACGCUCUGUUGACCUCCUUGAUGCAUGUCAGUCCUUUGUAACAUGUUACAUGGAGCCGUACUUGCGUCUCUUGACGCUCUGUUGACACCCUUGAUGCAUGUCAGUCCAUUGUAACAUGUUACAUGGAGCCGUACUUGCGUCUCUUGACGCUCUGUGGACACCCUUGAUACAUGUCGGUCCAUUGUAACAUGUUACAUGGAGCCGUACUUGCGUCUCUUGACGCUCUGUGGACCUCCUUGAUGCAUGUCAGUCCUUUGUAACAUGUUACAUGGAGCCUUACUUGCGUCUCUUGACGCUCUGUGGACCUCCUUGAUGCAUGUCAGUCCUUUGUAACAUGUUACAUGGACCCGUACGUGCGUCUCUUGACGCUCUGUUGACACCCUUGAUGCAUGCCAGUCCUUUGUAACAUGUUACAUGGAGCCGUACUUGCGUCUAUUGACGCUCUGUGGACCUCCUUGAUGCAUGUCAGUCCUUUGUAACAUGUUACAUUGAGCCGUACUUGCGUCUAUUGACGCUCUGUGGACACCCUUGAUGCAUGUCAGUCCAUUGUAACAUGUUACAUGGAGCCGUACUUGCGUCUCUUGACGCUCUGUGGACCUCCUUGAUGCAUGUCAGUCCAUUGUAACAUGUUACAUGGAGCCGUACUUGCGUCUCUUGACGCUCUGUGGACCUCCUUGAUGCAUGUCAGUCCUUUGUAACACGUUACAUGGAGCCGUACUUGCGUCUCUUGACGCUCUGUGGACCUCCUUGAUGCAUGUCAGUCCUUUGUAACAUGUUACAUGGAGCCGUACUUGCGUCUCUUGACGCUCUGUGGACCUCCUUGAUGCAUGUCAGUCCAUUGUAACAUGUUACAUGGAGCCGUACUUGCGUCUCUUGACGCUCUGUGGACCUCCUUGAUGCAUGUCAGUCCUUUGUAACAUGUUACAUUGGGCAGAACUGGCGUAUCUUGACGCACAGUGGACACCAUUGAUACAUGUCAGUCCUUUUAAACACGUAACAUGAAGCCGAACUGAUGUACCUUGACGCUCUGUGUUCACCCUUGAUUGCAUGUCAAUCCUUUUUAACACGUUAAAAGGAGCAGAACUGGCGUACCUUGACGCUUUGUGGUCACCCUUGAUUGCAUGUCAAUCCUUUUUAACAUGUUACAUGGAGCCGAUCCGGCGUAUCUUGACGCACAGUGGACACCAUUGAUGCAUUCAGGUGGUAUCGCGGCGGGUUUCACGAUAUAUGCUAAUUAUUAUGAGUCUGUAUUAUGGCAUAUAGUCCUGAAACUACUUAACAAAUCUGUUGUAAUUGGUGAACUUUUCUAAAAGUGGCGCUUUCCGUGCGCGGAAAUGUGCAAUGAUAAGAUUUAAUUAUACAAUGCGAUUAAUAGGUUUCACUUAAAUGGCGACGUCUCUCUUUGUCGCCUCUCAAGGAAGGUAUGACAAAACUGCUUCCUGCACGUCAAACAUGAGUAAUCAUUGCAGCGUCUGCCUCGAGAGGGAGCCUCAGUGUCGGGCAGGAGGAAGAUGAAGAAGGGGCCUAAAAUACUGGUUUACUGCUGUCAAAAUGGCAGCCGAGUUCGGAAUGUAUCAUUUAAUCACAAUCCGCUGGACCUUGAAGAAGAGGCUCCUUUGGAUCUAGCCGUGCCCCUCAUGGGCUACGCUGCCCCUGUGGUCAUCUUCCUGACGCUGGUGUUGAAUGCUGUCGUUGUCGUUGUUCUCACUCGGCGGCGACUCAGGUCGCCCACAAACGUCAUACUCGUCUCCAUCGCAGCCUGUGAUACAUUCACAGCAUUGUUCUCAUUACCUGGAUAUAUGUAUACGUACACUUACGAAGGUUACCGGAAUUACCCGAGUAUGGGAUGGUGUUUUGUGUUGAUCUACCUAUGCCGGUUUACCCCACAAGUUCUCCACACAGUGUCACUGUGGUUGACAGCAUUACUUGCGUUUCAACGUUACGUAGGUGUCGCUCAAAUGGUGUGCAAAGCUUGGAUCAGUUCUUACAAAGGCGUGACGUUGUCGAUCGUGUUUCUAGCCAUACUUUCGUUCAUAUCUCACUGUUUUCAGCUCGUUCUUGUCCCAAGACCGUUGACUCUGGCCUGUGAAGGUUGCGAUUCUGUUGUUAAGGUCCUAAACACGUGUUUUUUACAUUCAUACAACGAUACAUACCUCACCCGCGUGGAUACGCUGCUGCGACUUAUCUUGGCACAGUUACUGCCGUGCUUCCUUCUUCUAGCCUUCAACGUCUGUCUCAUCAGAUCGACCUACAAGAGUCAUAGAUACAUGCAACGCUUGGUUGUGGGACAUAAACCGUCCGAAUACACAGACACCAGAAACACAAUCCGGAUAUCGUUGAUGCUUCUUCUCGUAACGUGCUUCACGUGGAUUUUCGAGAUGUUUGUGAACUUAAAUCUUGUUUUAAAUUAUGCACAUGAUGUUGUGUCCCCGGAUACCCUGAGUAGUCUCGUUCUUAUAUGCAAUUUUACUACACUACUUUCAUUUCCUCUAAAUUUCGUAUUUUAUUUCACGUUCAGUUUUAACUUCCGGGGCGGGAUUUUGUCCUUUGUGAAAACGAGGCUAAAGCGGAAGCUCGCUCCUAGAAAAGUGACAUCUGGUGGGGAUGGGCGCAGAGGCAAUACAUAUGUUUUCAGUCUUAUCCAUCUACAUAAAAAGAGUACAGGAACUGAUGAAUAAAGAACUUUGAAGACACAUUACAGCAAAAUGUGGUAAACUACAGAUUGUAUAAGGAAAGGGACAAAAUGGUAUAAUUGAGAAUUUAGAAUAGUUGCGUCCCUUAAUCUUGCCAGGAUCCGCUUGAUGCUGAUACGAUUCUUAGAUUCGCCUCGAUAACGAUUCUUGAUAUUUGAGCAUCAUACCCGCGCCCGGAGGUUUGACCAACUGGAUAGCGUGUCCGGACUUUAUGACUUGGAGUGAGUGUGCUUUUACGCUGCUUUUAACAAUAUUCCGGCAAUAUCACGGCGGGAAAAACCAAAAAUGGUCUUCACACAUCGUACCCGUGUGGGGAAUCGAAUCUGCGUGACGUGCGAACGCUUUAACUACCCAAUCGCCCCUUAUACUUUUGAGCUUGCAUCUCCUAUAGAGGUGACGAGCCGCCAAACAACUGAUGUUAUGCGAGUACCGUACUCCUGACGUUGAUAGUUUAGAUUUAUGAUGUAUUGAAGUGAAAUAUACAUGUACAUAUUUUGGAAAUUCUGUACUGAUUUAUUGAAUGUCUGCUUGUAUACGUGGUUGUGUCGAAUGUUAUCCUGCCUUUUGCUUCAUUGUGACAAUAAAUGUUAUGUUGGUGUU